GAUUUCCAGCAAAUAAAAGGAUUCAUCGAAGAUGGCCAACAAACGGUACGCAAGCUUCUUCCUGUUCUUUAUGAUGCCAUUUUCUCUCCUGCACAAAUCGUACCCGCAGUUGGUGAAUCAAUCUAGUGAUGAACACCAAAUCCUCCUUGAGAUCAAGAGACACUGGGGGAGCUCACCUGUUUUAGGUAGAUGGAGCUCCAAUUCUGCUGCUCACUGCAAUUGGGGAGGAAUCACAUGCACAGAUGGUGUGGUGACUGGCAUCUCUCUACCAAAUCAAACCUUCAUCAAACCAAUUCCUCCCUCCAUUUGCCUCCUCAAGAACCUCACCCACUUGGAUGUCUCCUACAACAACAUAUCCUCUCCAUUCCCUACAAUGCUCUACAAUUGCUCCAAUCUCAAGUACCUUGACCUUUCGAACAACGCCUUUGCUGGGAAGCUCCCAAAUGAUAUAAAUAGUCUACCAGCGCUGCUCGAGCAUCUCAACCUUUCAUCUAAUCACUUCACUGGCAGAAUUCCACCAUCAAUUGGACUGUUCCCAAGGCUGAAGUCGCUGCUCCUUGACACCAAUCAGUUUGAUGGGAGGUACCCAGCUGAGGAUAUCAGCAAUCUUGCUGACCUUGAGAGGCUGACACUAGCAGUCAAUCCAUUUGUCCCGGCUCCCUUUCCAAUGGAGUUUGGUAGGUUGACACGUCUGACUUACUUGUGGCUGUCAAAUAUGAAUAUUACCGGUGAAAUCCCUGAAAGCCUAUCCAGCCUCAGAGAGCUCAACGUCUUGGACUUAUCAUCGAACAAGAUCCAAGGAAAAAUUCCAAGGUGGAUCUGGCAACAUAAGAAACUUCAGAUUCUGUACCUGUAUGCAAACAGAUUCACCGGUGAGAUUGAAUCCAACAUCACAGCCUUGAACUUGGUGGAGAUUGAUGUUUCUGCAAAUGAGUUAACAGGAACAAUACCAGAUGGAUUUGGUAAGAUGACCAACCUUACCUUAUUGUUUCUCUACUUUAACAAGCUGAGUGGAUCAAUACCACCAAGCGUUGGGCUGCUGCCAAAGCUUACUGACAUUCGGUUAUUCAAUAACAUGCUCUCUGGAUCGCUCCCAUCAGAGCUUGGUAAGCACUCACCACUGGCCAAUCUUGAGGUCUCCAAUAAUAACCUCUCUGGGGAGCUACCAGAAGGCCUCUGCUUCAACAGGAAGCUAUAUAGCAUUGUUGUGUUCAAUAACAGCUUUUCUGGAAAACUUCCAUCUUCAUUGGAUGGUUGCUAUCCGUUGCAAAAUUUGAUGUUGUACAAUAAUAAUUUUUCUGGAGAGUUCCCCAGGAGCCUUUGGUCAGUGGUGACAGAUCAGCUAAGUGUAGUUAUGAUACAGAACAACAAUUUCUCUGGCACAUUCCCCAAACAGCUCCCAUGGAACUUCACACGUCUUGACAUCAGCAACAACAGAUUCUCAGGUCCCAUUCCAACAUUGGCAGGCAAAAUGAAAGUAUUCAGAGCAGCAAACAACUUGCUCUCUGGUGAAAUUCCCUGGGAUCUGACAGGCAUUUCACAAGUCAGAUUGGUUGAUCUUUCUGGGAAUCAAAUUAGUGGCUCACUACCCACGACAAUUGGAGUGCUGAUGAGGCUAAACACACUUUACCUAAGUGGAAAUCAGAUAUCUGGUAAUAUCCCAGCAGGGUUUGGGUUUAUUACAGGGCUGAACGACCUAGACCUCUCAUCGAAUAAGCUAUCUGGUGAGAUCCCGAAGGAUUCUAAUAAGCUGCUGCUCAGUUUUCUGAAUCUCUCUAUGAACCAACUCACUGGGGAAAUUCCGACAUCAUUGCAAAACAAAGCAUAUGAGCAGAGCUUCCUAUUCAACCUAGGCCUCUGUGUCUCAUCGAGCAAUUCACUCCAAAAUUUCCCUAUCUGCAGGGCAAGAGCAAACAUCAACAAGGAUCUGUUCGGAAAGCAUAUAGCCCUCAUUUCUGCUGUUGCCAGCAUUAUACUCUUGGUUUCGGCAGUGGCUGGUUUCAUGCUCUUAAGAAGGAAAAAGCAUCUACAAGAUCACUUGUCAUGGAAGUUAACACCCUUCCACGUAUUGCAUUUCACCGCAAAUGACAUUCUUUCUGGGCUCUGCGAGCAGAAUUGGAUUGGAAGUGGCAGGUCUGGCAAGGUGUACCGGGUUUAUGCUGGAGAUAGAACAAGUGGUGGCAGGAUGAUGGCUGUCAAAAAGAUAUGGAACAUGCAAAAUAUUGAUAACAAGCUGGAGAAGGACUUCCUUGCAGAGGUUCAGAUAUUGGGAGAGAUCAGGCACACAAACAUUGUCAAGCUUCUAUGCUGCAUCUCAAGUUCAGAGGCAAAGCUUCUGAUCUACGAGUACAUGGAAAACGGCAGCCUACAUCAAUGGCUUCACCAGAGGGAAAGAAUUGGUGUGCCAGGACCUCUGGAUUGGCCAACAAGAUUGCAAAUUGCCAUCGACUCAGCGAGAGGCCUUUGCUACAUGCAUCACCAUUGCUCGCCUCCCAUAGUGCAUCGAGAUGUCAAGUGUGCCAACAUCCUUCUGGAUCACAACUUCAGAGCAAAGAUGGCAGAUUUUGGGCUUGCAAAGAUUCUUCUCAAAGCUGGAGACGACGAGUCAUUUUCUGCUAUAGCUGGAACUUUUGGCUACAUGGCACCAGAAUAUGGACAUCGGCUCAAGGUAAACGAGAAGAUCGAUGUCUACAGCUUUGGUGUGGUCCUUCUGGAAAUCAUAACUGGUCGAGUGGCAAAUGAUGGUGGAGAGUACUAUUGCUUGGCACAAUGGGCAUGGAGGCAGUACCAAGAAUAUGGUUUGUCAGUUGAUCUUCUCGAUGAGGGAAUCAGAGACCCAACCCAUGUUGAGGACGCAUUGGAGGUGUUUACACUUGCUGUGAUUUGUACUGGGGAGCAUCCUUCAAUGCGGCCAUCAAUGAAAGACGUACUGAAUAUUCUUAUCCAAUUUGACCGUAAAUCUACAAGGAUUCAGGGUAGCUUGAAACAUGCUGUCUCUGAUGAAACAACACUUCUUGAAUCCUAGCUAAGCAGCACUUAAUGAGAAUAUAUGGUUCCUGGUGUAGGUGAUUAUUCUUUUCAUUUGCAACAACUAGAUGAUGCUUAUUACAGGCCAGUGAUUACUACUGUUUAACUUUUAUGUUGACAUGAUAAAGAAUAUGAAGUGUGCAAUCACUAAAUUUUGUUUAACUUGCGAACUAAAUGCCAUUACAUAAAGUUAUCUUCAGAUUAUUACAAACACUCCAUUUUCCAAAGCAGAGGUGCACAGAUCGCUAAAAAAGGACGGUGCACUGCGACUGGGAGAUAGUAAUAUGGA